GAAUCACAUUUGCACAUGGACUCUGAACACAAACAAAAGGUCUGUUUGCUUUUUUACAAAAAGUCUCUUUCUCACAAACAGAGAAUUAUUUUCUUCACUUUCACAGACGUGACAGUUCUUUCAGUCACAAUGAGAAGCUCCGUGGCGUUUUGCCUGGCUGUCAGCUUUGCCACGUUUGGAUUUGGCGUCUCUCUGCAGUGUUACUCCUGCCCUGAUGGAUCCACCACCAGCUGUGAAGCCACUCAGGAGUGUAACCAGGGAGAAGACAGCUGCCUCAAACUCACCAGCGGAGAAAAGACCUACACCCGCUGUAUGAGGUACACAGACUGUGACUUCAUGACUCUGGCCGUCAGAUAUUCCCUCCCUGACUUCACCUUCGACUGCUGUCAGUCCAAACUCUGCAACGGCCAAAGCAAAAGUUUCUUUCAGAAGAUGAAAGAUUUGUUUGGUUAAAUCACAAAAGGAAAGAAAAGUCCUGAUUUCAGGCUUAAUUGCGACCUUUAUUUGCUGAACAUUGUUCUAAACUCAACAAAAGAAUCCUAAUAAACUGUGUGGUGACUUCUCAAA